CUAAGAGAGGAGAGCGAGAGACGAGGAAAGGAACAGAAAACCUGCAACACCUCAUCAGCUGUUUGUGCUGCUUGUCAACUCUUCUUUUACCAUGGCUACAACAUCCCAGGACUUAGACUAAGGAGGAAACAAAGACACGAGUGUGAGAGAGAAAGAGAGAGGAGAGAGAAAAAGAAAAAAAAGCAAGAACCCUUCACUUCUAAGUCAAAAAGGAAGAGUGAGAGUGAAAGGAGAGAGAGGAAAGGUGGGCGAGAGGAGGAGUAGGCACCCUUUCCUUGAAGAAGUAAGCGUGCAAGGGGAAAAGGAGAGAGGAGGAAGGAGGGAGCGCACUCUACUGUGUGGACAUGGGGUUGUAUGCUGUUCUGUUGAUCUGUCUAUCCCAGGCACAGUUUGGGAGAAUUUGGGCGCAGGAGCGAACAGAUGAUACGUCACUGCGGAUAGAUGGGGGCUCGUCUGAGAUGGGCAGGAUCUACCGAGACCAGCAGCCCUCCAUCAAACAUGGUCAGAACCGAGCGGUACGCAACGCACUGGGGGGAGGACUGGACAUUGAUACCCUGCCCGACAACAUGACCCAUGUGGUGGAGGACUCUCAGAGGUACUACAGAUGGAGGAGUUACGGGCCAGGAGACAGACGGAUGGAGGAACUCUGGGUAGACCUAAAUGCUGUGCAACAGAGCAAAGUCAGAGUGCACGGCAUCCUGUCCAACACACACCGGCAGGCAGCGCGUGUGGCUCUCUCCUUUGACUUCCCCUUCUAUGGACACUACCUGAGACAAAUCACCAUAGCAACAGGAGGGUUCAUCUUCACGGGGGAGAUCACGCAUCGCAUGCUGACAGCCACACAGUACAUCGCCCCCCUCAUGGCCAACUUUGACCCCAGUUUUUCAAAAAACUCAACAGUGCGGUACAUGGACAAUGGUGAGGUGUUUGUGGUGCAAUGGGACAAGGUGCGGCUUCAGGGGCGCGAGGCAGAGGGAACCUUCACCUUCCAGGCUGCUCUCCAUAACAAUGGAACAAUCGCAUUCAACUACAGAGAGGUUCCUUUGCCAGUAGAGAAGAUCAACUCCACUGAACACCCAGUGAAGGUGGGCCUGUCUGACGCGUUCAUGGCCCUCCUCCCCUCUCCACAGUCCUCAGAUGCAAGACGGCGGACCAUCUAUGAGUACCAUAGAGUAGAGAUUGACACCACUAAGAUCAACAAUCACUCUGCCUUUGAAUUCACACCAUUGCCCACAUGUCUCCAACACACCACCUGUGAACUCUGUCUCACAUCCAACCUGACAAAUGGCUGUGGUUGGUGCAACACACUGCAAAGAUGCUCCGAUGGAAUUGAUCGUCACAGACAGGAGUGGCUCGACUACAACUGUCCUGAAGAGGCAAAAGAGGGCACUUGUGAGGACUACACUCAGGGUGGCCCUGAGGGUUCUAUGGGGUCCUUCAACCACUCAGCCCCAGAGCCCACGCCCUCCCAUGCAGUGCUCUCAGAUAUCCCCGUCACCGAGGAUGACACCAAACUUUUCAUUCGCUACAAUGGUGGUGACUUGCAAACGGGUCCUCCGCACCAGGAACGGACAGAGCACACUGCGAUUAUUGCAGGUGUGGUGGCAGCCCUCAUUUUGCUGGUAGCCUUGACCCUUUUGGCUGUCUACUAUAUCAACACACACCCCACUGUUGCUCCUCCAUUCUACCUCAUGCAGCGACACACCAAUAACUACUGGCCAUCUAUGAAGUUCCACAACCAGAGCUGUCACUCCACUUAUGCUGAGGUGGAGCUUGGGGGUCACGAUAAGGAGGGCUUCAUUGAGGCCGAACAGUGCUGCUAACUAGGCUGGACUUCCGGGGCAACGUUGGACAAGAGAGUGAGCGCCAUUUUGGGGAUUAAUAAAAGGAACUAGAGGGGACAGAAAUGCAAAACGUCCCUUAUUCGUACUAUGGUGGACAAUGUGUAACUGCUUGUAGAGAACAGUACUUUGUCUGUUUUGUCUGUGUCUCUCGCUCUUCGCCUGUCUAAUACAUUCUUCCUCCUUCCCUUCCUUGAGGUAAGCACAAAUCUAACAUUAUUUGAUAGGUGAGCAAGAAGUCCACUCCAUUGAUUUCACCAAUCAUAUCAUAUCAGAUCAGCGAUAACGUCAAGGAAGGAGGGCCUACAGUGCCUUCGGAAUGUAUUCAGACACUUUGGCUUUUUCCACAUUUUGUUACGUUACAGCCUGACUCUAAAAAUGGAUUUAAUUGUUUUUUCCCUCAUCAAUCUACACAAAGCAUAAAAAAACAUUUUUAGAACUGUUUUCUAAUCUACCAUCCUGGCACACCUACACUACCGGUCAAAAAUAAUAGUGAAGACAUCAGAACUAUGAAAUAGCACAUAUGGAAUCAUGUAGUACAUGUGGAAUUUUUUCCUUCUUAAUGUGUUUGAGACAAUCAGUUGUGCUGUGAUAAGGUGGUGGGGGUAUACAGAAGACAGCCCAAUUUGGUAAAAGACCAAGUCCGUAUUAUGACAAGAACAGCUCAAAUCAGCGAUGAGGAACGACAGUCCAUCAUUACUUUAAGACAUGAAGGUCAGUUAAUUAAUCGAAUUACUGCAAAGAAACCACUACUAAAGGACACCGAAGAGACUUGCUUGGGCCAAGAAACACAAGCAACCGGUGGCAAAUUGUCCUUUGGUCUGGAGUCCAAAUUGGAAUUUUUGGUUCCAACAGCCAUGGUUUUGUGAGACGCGGUGUGGGUGAACCGAUGAUCUCCGCAUGUGUAUUUCCCACCGUAAAGCAUUGAGGAGGGGGUGUUAUGGUGUUGGGGUGAUUUGCUGGUGACACUGUCGGUGAUUUAUUCAGAAUUCAAUGCACUAUUAACCAGCAUGGCUACCACAGCAUUCUGCAGCGAUACGCCAUCCCAUCUGUUUUGGGCUUAGUGGGACUAUCACUUGUUUUUCAACAAGAUAAUGACCCAACACACCUCCAGGCUGUGUAAGGGCUAUUUGACCAAGAAGGAGAGUGAUGGAGUGCUGCAUUCGAUGGCCUGGCCUGCACAAUCCCCCGACCUCAACCAAAUUGAGAUGGUUUGGGAUGAAUCGGACCACAGAGUGAAGGAAAAGCAGCCAACAAGUGCUCAGCAUAUGUGGGAACUCCUUCAGGACUGUUGGAAAAUCAUUCCAGGUGAAGCUGGUUGAGAUAAUGCCAAGAGUGUGCAAAGCUGUCAUCAAGGGUGGUUACUUUGAAGAAUCUCAAAUAUAAAAUAUAUUUUGAUUUGAUAACACUUUUUGGUUACUACAUGAUUCCAUAUGUGUUAUUUCAUAGUUUUGAUGUCUUCACUAUUAUUCUACAAUGUAGAAAAUAUUUAAAAUAAAGAAAAACCCUUGAAUGAGUAGGUGUUCUUAAACUUUUGACCGGUAGUGUUUAUUGAGAUCCUCUCAAGCUCUGUCAGGUUGGAUGGGGAAUAUUGCUGCACAGCUAUUUUCAGGUCUUUCCAGAGAUGUUCAAUCGAGUUCAAUUCCGGGCUCAGACUGGGCCACUCAAGAACAUUCAGAGACUCCUGGGUUGCCUUGGCUGUGUGCUUAGGGUCAUUGUCCUGUUGGAAGGUGGUCCGUCGUCCCAGUUGGAGGUCCUGAGCUCUCUGAAGCAGGUUUUCAUCAAAGAUCUCUCUGUACUUUUCUCUGUUCAUCUUCCCCUCGAUCCUGACUAGUCUCCCAGUCCCUGCCACUGAAAAACACCUCCACAGAAUGAUGCUGCCACCAAUAUUCUACCCCGUAGGGAUGGUGCCAGGUUUCCUCUAAACUUGACGCUUGGCAUUCAGGCCAAAGAGUUCAGUCUUGGUUUCAUCAGGCCAGAGAAUCUUGUUUCUCAUGGUCUGAGAGUCUUUAGGUGCCUUUUGGCAAACUCCAUGCGGGCUGUCAUGUGUUUUUUACUCAGGAGUGGCUUCUGUCUGGCCACUCUACCAUAAAGGUCUGAUUGGUGGAGUGCUGCAAAGAUGGUUGUCCUUCUGAAAGAAUCUCCACAGAGGAACUCUUGAGCUUUGUCAGUGACCAACAGGUUCUUGGUCACCUCCCUGACCAAGGCCCUUCUCCACUGUGUUCUAGCCGACCUUCAAUGCUGCAGAAAUGUUGUUGGUACCCUUCCCCAGAUCAUUGCCUAAAUUACAAUCCUGUCUCAGAGACCCCAAUCAAGUUGUAGAAACAUCUCAAGGAUGAUCAAUGGAAUCAGGAUGCAGCUGAGCUCAAUUUCGAGUCUCAUAGCAAAGGGUCUGAAUUCUUAAGUAAAUAAGGUAUUUCUGUUUUUGUUACAUUUGCAAAUAUUUCUAAAUACGUUUUUCUUUUUGUUAUUAUGGGGUAUUGUGUGUAGAUUGCUGAGGAAUCUUUAAAAAUAUGUAUAUUUUAGAAUAAAGGCUGUAACGUAGCAAAAUGUGGAAAAAGUCAAGGGGUCUGAAUACUUUCCGAAGGCACUGUAUGUAUAAUCACAGAGGAUGGAUGUUGGAAAAACUCCAUCUGAGAGAAAAGAGCUGAAUACACAUUGCGUGUAAAGUCAGGGAAUGGUACAGACACACUAGCCUUCAUUACUGCAAACCAAUGUACAGUUCAACUUUAUAAUGGCUGUGUUUUAAUUUUGUUCUGUUUUGAGAAGAUAUCUUGUCUUUUCUAAAAUGUCUUGGUUGGUGAACAACCGUUGAGUUACAGUAUAUGUACAAUACUAUAGCCACAUGGACUUCAAUAUAACAGAUAUAUUUGAGUGAUUCUAAUGAUCAUUAUUGCUAUGAACCACUUUGGAAAAACCUGGUUACAUUGUUUUGGAGAAAUUUACUUUCAUUAAGUUUAGCAUGUGAAAAAAAACAUGUUUUGUUUUACAUCAGUACUGUUUGAAAAUGUUCCAAUAAAAACUUGUGGUUGGUUUUGAUAAAA